UGCACUACCCCUCAGAUGAAACAGAGCGAGUCAUUCCUCCCGGUGUUCUGUCAGAGAGGAAGGGGAGAUUAUAAACUGGAGACGGCAGCUCAACUACAACCAUCCUAGUCUAAAUAAUCCCCCCUGAACAGUCGUCGACGUGGGAUCAGUGUUUCAUUUUCCUUAAACAGCGAGCAGUCCUUCCCGCUCAGCGGCAAAGGGCUCUCCGGCGGAUAGAAGCCGUGCGCUCAGACAGCCUGCCGCGCUGAGCUGCACUGCAGAAGAGCCCUAUCGUGGGCUGUUGCAUAAUCCUUCUCUGGGCCCCGCUGCUAUUUUUGUUCCUGGAUACGCGUCUCUGUGAGGUAUUUUCUGUGGUGACUCACUUACAUCAGUGGGUCUUGUGCUGUGCGCGCAGACGGCAAGACAUUCGCUUCACCACGAUCGUUUGGCUUUUUCCCCUUGACCCUGGCGAGAGGUCAGCAGUGGCUACAGGGUGAUAAGGAAUAUAACUGAAAUCUGACCAGAUGUGCUGAAUUGGAGGCUGUCUGAAUGGCAGCCGGCCAGUUCAAGAGGCUCACCUGACCCCCAUGACUCACCAGUUACCGACACUUUCCUCUCCAUGAACGGUUCCUCCCCAGUGCUCCGUGCUGCGGGUCUCAGCUCAUAGAGGGACACAGAAGAGGAUACAGACAGAAGCUACUCCUACUCCAUAUAAAAAUGCCAAACACUGAAAAUAGCUGAUACUUUUCAGCUUCAUUUCAACAGCAUUACUGAACAAACAUGCUGUUAUACUGAGGACACUGGAGAAGAAGUAAUCCUCAAAUGAAUAAACAAUAAAAAAAAAGGCAUAUCCUUCAACCGGGCUGAAUGUGAUGUUGGAUUUUAGGGGGGAGAUUGUUUUAACAUCUCCUUAACAAGUGCUUAAGCAAUGUAAAGGACACAGCUUUAACUUAUCAGACAGAAACUGGCAUUGAUGUCAUGGAGUCACUCGAGGGCACUGACAGCUUGAGGUGCUCAAAGGACACUGCAGAGCAGAACCCCCAGGCCUCCUUUAGAGGCAGAACUCACACCAGUAUAAAUGUAAAAGAAAAGACUCUUCAGUGUGAGGCAAAACAAGGGGGCAGCACUGUCAAAGGCUCACCAGACACGCCUACCUCUGGAACGUCACCACCACUAGAAAUCCAGCAGUUGCAGGUUCCCAACACUAGUGGCCACUAUCACCUUUCAUCAUCACCCAAGUCUGGUGACGGCGGCGAUGCUGCCUCUUGUGGGGCGACGCAGUCAUGGCCUUUUGUCAGUCAGCCACAGUCAUUCACUUCAAGGAACCUCAUGGCUUCUCAACCCUGCGAGCAGAGUCGAGUCCAUUUCAGAAAGAAGAUGGCUGGUUUCUCAGCCACGUCGAGGCAGCUCUAUCAACUGGGAAUCGGUCAGCUUGCAGAAGGGCUGAACAAAAGGGAGCAAAAACCUGGAAAGAAACCCGGAAAAUACAUCUGCCAUUACUGUGGGAGAGCCUGCGCCAAGCCCAGUGUCCUGAAAAAGCACAUUCGCUCUCACACUGGUGAGAGGCCCUACCCAUGUGUCCCAUGUGGGUUCUCCUUUAAGACUAAGAGCAAUUUAUACAAACACAGAAAGUCUCACACACAUGCCGUUAAAGCUGGCUUGCUGGCACUGUCAGAGAAGGACCCACAUCCCUCCGGCAUGGAUCAAGAGCUUCUGGCAGCGGAAGGGGAGAUGCAGUCGGAUGCUGAACAGACUACAGACACAGACGAGGAGGGCUCUGAAGAUUUGUUUCUGGACUGUGUGAGCUCAUUUGAGGGCACUGAAGGGAAGUGGACUAAAGAGUCACCUGGCAUACCGUCUGUGAAGGUGACCACGCCAAGUGCCACCAGAAAAGAAAUCAUGUCAGAGUCAGGAAAGGUGUCUCUGUCCCGGUUCAGAGAAAUGAGAGCUACUCCAUCUAUAACUGAGGUUGAGCAGGCCGUGGAGUCCUGCACCAUCAAGCAGAAACUUGCUCUCCGUCUCUCUGAGAAAAGAAGCCAAGACUCUGAGCAUUCUCUGUCUCUCCCUAGCUCCAGUAGUAAAGGGAGUACAGACUCUGGCUAUUUCUCUCGCUCAGAGAGUGCAGAGCAGCAAGUCAGUCCACCAUGCACAAAUGUCAAAUCGUACCAAGAGAUUAUGUUUGGGAAGUGCUAUCGACCCUCUCCCAAGCCAAGACAAUCAAUCACAGUUCAAACGUGCAUGACAGACACAAAUGACAGCAGAUCAAGUUUUAUGGUCAAGCCAGGCAAGAGUAAGAUACUGGAGGAGAGCAUUCACAUAUCCACAUGCAAGAAGGACUUGGCUGGAUUAAUCAAAUUGGAGUCAAAUUGGCUGCAUGAAGGCCAUGAAUCUCCAAAAUCAGAUCAAAUGACCACAUCCUAUCAGCUCGAAGCUCCUUCAGAUGCAGCUUCCCUCAUACGGAGCAACUCCCUGCCAACAUCAACUGCAACAGAUCUCAGUGUUCCACCUGGUCUUCGAACCAGUAACUCCUUUGAUGAAAGAAUGACUGUUGACGGAAUGUAUCCUGGCCAAGGAGGGAUGAGGAGGCUUAUGCGGCAAGCAGCUUUUGAGAUGCCCUCACAUGAGACCCAUGUGGACAGCACAAAAGCAGGGACAGACAUUUCACCUGAAGCUGAACAUUUCUUGACCCAUCACGCCUAUGUGACAGACCCUGCCACAAGAAAGCGUAGAAAGCAAAAAGGUGUCAUGGAAGAGGAGGAUUCUUCAAGCCAAUUUGUCAAAUCUAUAGAGAUGGUUGACCUUUCAGCUGAAUGUGAAUCAAAGCAGAAUGUGAGUCAAAGUAAUGUUAUCUCUGUAAUUCAGCACACAAACUCUGUUAGCAGAAUGGGCUCCAUAGAGAGGCAUGGUGAAAGUGAAUCUCACCCCCGGGACAAAAGUCCACAAACAAUGGCAGAACAAAGUGAUGUAAAAACUAUUAAAAGAGAGACACAGAUGAAUGUUCCAUUCAGUUCAAGUCAGUUCAAGGACAUUAAGUCAUCACAGCCAGGUUCUGAACCACGCAAAUUAACUGGUCAACCUAGUAUCCAAGUUCCUGAAAUCAGGGUGACAGAAGAACCAGAUAGAUCUCCAAAGCCUGUUGAGGUCCAGGUCAAGCACCGUGACAAGCCCGUCGAGGAGUUUCAGUGGCCCCAAAGAAGUGAAACUUUGUCUCAGUUUCCAGUGGAGAAGCUACCACCAAAAAAGAAAAGAAUACGAUUAGCAGACCUUGAGUACUCUUCAGGUGACUCAAGUUUUGAAUCUGCCUGUACGAGUCUCUCCAGGAGUCCAAGUCAAGACAGUAACUUGUCUCACAGCUCAAGCUUCUCAUUGUCUCUUGAUAGAGAUGAGGGCCUUGUGUCAGCACCUGUGACGAAAUUAGAUGAGUAUGGCAAACCUUUGGAGUUCUUGUCUGUGCCAGGAAGUGGACACACUCUUUCCAUUCCUGGUGAACAUCGGCAGAAGGAGAUGAGGCGAUCUGCUUCAGAACAGGCUCCGUUCAUCUCAGCAGCUGAACUGCCGGAUUUACGAAGCAAGUCAUUCGACUAUGGAAGUCUCUCCCCUACAUCCAGGUCCAGACAGGGUGAGGCCUAUGCCAGUGGGGUAAAACAACGCAGAAGAGGUUACCUGGUGAGACAGGCAUCAUUGAGUGUUGACCCAGAGACAUCGACACAAGAGAAAAGUGUUGAUAUUUCUGCCAAACAAGACUCAGAGUCCAUGUAUCAUAAUACAAGUUCUGUCUCAGAUUCCUCUGCAACUAGAUUGAGUAAGAUCUCCACAGACCUAGAGCACCCAGGCUAUAUUCAAGCUAGUAGCCCUGAAGGAGCAGUUGAGAUGCAGACCGGUACACUAUCCCCCGACAAGCAAAUCUUACAUGGCCAUGAGACCAUACCAUACUCUUUUAUUCAAAGAAAUUUGGCCUCACUCCUGCCAGCGACAUCAGGGCACUUCUGGAAACCUGACCCCCUCCACAUUCUUCCAUGGCAUCAGUUACAAGAUCUUCAGACCAGACAACUCUACCUGCAGUCAAAGGAGAGUGUUUAUUCACAAGCUAAAACUCCAAUGGAUGCAAAAUCACCAACAGAAGACUUGUCCAAGAGUCUAAAGAGGGUCUCAUCAGCCACUCAUGUAUCUUCAGAGGCACAUCUAGCACCUGUACCUCCAAACCUCCAAUCCCUCCAGUCACCCUCUGCCUCGCUGGUUCCUGUAAGAAUUCAAAUGCAGGUGCCAUCCCAUGGAAGCAUCACCUACUCCAGUUUGUCUCAGAUUUUUGACAGCCAAACAAGGAACAUCAGCUCCUCAUUGGUGUUUUGUGGUGCUGCCUCUCAGGGCUCUUUAGCCAGUAUUGCUAUGAUGCAAGGGAUUGGGUUUGAUAUAACUCAGGUCUCUGGACAACCUAGUGGACUUCUGUACAACCCAGAGCUAUCUCCAGCCAGACUUAAGACAGGCAUACCUCUGUCCUUGACCUCCAAAACUAUCUCAACCACUGAGGCUCCUAGCGGUGGAAGAACGAAACGCAUGCUUUCUCCCGCCAGCAGCAUAGACCUCUUUAUGGAGUCAAAACAGCAGAAGCGAGUCAAAGAGGAGAGGAUGUAUGGUCAAAUUGUAGCAGAGUUGAGUGCCGUGGAACUCGGAAAUCCUGAUAUAUCACAGCAUAAGGAUAAAAUUAAGGAGGAGAGAAUACAAAGAGGAAUCUCUCCAUCCUUGUCAGAUAUUUCAAGCUCUUCUAUGUCUGAUAUACAAUCCCAACUGCAGGACAAGCCCAUGAUAUCACCACUCAAGUUCAGCUAUUCAUCCGAUGGGGGACCAGAAUCUCCUCAAAAUAUAGAUGUUGAUGAACCUGAACAAGAUUCCAGACCUACGUCUGAUACAGCUCUCGCUAUCAGUUUGAGCCAGGAGGUGAGCGAUAUGCAGAAACUGAUUGCCAGCCAUGGAUUUGGUGCUGCUAUGCUGCUUGCUGAUUUUGCCAACCCGCAACUCUUCUCAAAGUUUCCAAGUCUUCACACAACAACAUGUGUGAGUUGGUGCUACCUCCAUUCUACCAAGCCAAACAGUGCCCUGGCUGCUCCACUGUUUUCAGUAUAUGCCACAUGGUGCGUCAGAUCCUUUGACCCAAACCCACCUAAUCUGGCAACCAAAACAACAUUGGCUCUUCUUCGCACCAAGCAGAAAAAGCACUCUGAUAUUUACACCAUUGCAGCAGCCUAUCAACCUGGAAUACUUGUGUCUUCUCUCCUCUGGAAGCAAAGGUUUGGAGAGCUCCAGGGAAAGCCAGACCUUGGAGAGGAGGAGAUGAUGACAUACAAGCGGGCUGUAAAGGGAAUCAGAUCUGGUAAUAAAAAUGUGGUGGAGGAUCACAAGGAGGAGACACCACCAAAGCAACCUGAACCAACCCGUAUCAAAAUAUUUGAGGGAGGUUUUAAGUCCACUGAAGACUAUGUGUAUGUGCGAGGUCGUGGCCGGGGAAAGUAUAUCUGUGAGGAGUGUGGGAUUCGUUGUAAGAAACCUAGCAUGCUGAAGAAACACAUUCGCACUCAUACAGACAUCAGACCGUAUGAGUGCAAAUCCUGUCAUUUCGCCUUUAAAACUAAAGGAAACCUCACCAAACACAUGAAGUCCAAAGCCCAUAUGAAGAAAUGUCUGGAGCUUGGGGUAUCCUUCACAUCAAUAGACAGUAUAGAUGACACUGACAAUUCAGAGGACAUCUUGAGGGCAACAGGUAAAUCAAGGUCAAUGGGUUCUACAAUCAAGCAUCAGUUUUCCGAUGUGGAUGACUCUGAUGGUGCUGAUGAUGACGGAGAUGAGGUGGACGAAGACGAGGAUGAUGAUGAUGAUGAAGACGGUUCCACUCCGAGAACUCGUUCAAGAAGCACCAGUCCCUUGCCAUGCGCCAUCAACUCCCCGCAUUACCCCAGCUACCUCUCCCAGCUUCCCAGCAUCCAGGUCCACCCAUCGGCCUGCAGCAGGGAGAGAGACGGCCACAUCCGACAGGCAGAAGCAGGGGAGGCAGGCAGCGAGCUGCAGUCUCGCUUGAGCGAGCAGAGGCCUGGGGACGACGACAGUGUAGCCAUGUCCUCCCGACACGGCUCCAUGUCCUUCCACUCCAACGCCUCGUAUCUGCUGUCAUUACCCCGAGAUGUGUCUCUGACCCCCCAGCGGAGCCUGGCUUUAACACCUCACCGAAGCCCCUCUCCCAGAGGAAGGGGGGACUGCUCACCACAUGGAGGCCUGUCGCCGAGGGCCGAUUCAACCUCAUUAAGGGCUGUCUCCCCCAAAAGAGACGUGUGUUUCGGAAGGGAUUCGUCGCCGCUCCAGCACCUGUCCCCCGGGUCCCUGUGUAGGGCCCUGUCUCCUGGGCACGAGGGGGCGAUGAGACGUGAGUUGUCCCCCAGGGGACGUCAGCGGGGCAUGCUCAGGGCCGUGUCCCCGCGCCGGGGAUCCCAGCAUAGCAGGGCGCCGUGGGAACAGGGAAGAGGUGCGAGACUGGACACAAGCCCUCACGGACGGUCCGCUACACUGCUUUCACAUUCUGGCAUUGAGGCACAUAAACACAGCACUCUACAGCCCCUCCACCUCCCCAGUGGAGACACACCCAUCAGAGGCCAGCUCUCCAGCGGUCACACUGACCUCUUCAGCCACCUGCCCCUGCACUCCCAGCAGCAGGCUCGGCCUCUGCCCCUGAUGCCAGUGGGGGGCAUCCAGAUGCUGCCUGCCCGGGCCCCGGCUGCCGUGACGUCUCACCCCUCGGGCUCGCCCCAACAAAGCCCGGUGGUGGAGGAGAGCAGUGGCAGCCCACCUAGCGCUCCCAUGAAUGAUCGAGAAAUGGAGCCUCCGGGGCAGCAGGGGGCGCCAGCCCUCAGCCCUCAGGACUCUGACAGGAGAGACAGGGAGGCUGCCACGAGUAGCAGCGGCGUGGCCCAAUCAGAGGAGAGCGUCCAGAACUGCACUGAAGCCAUCGCCUCUCUCAGGAUCACUGCGGAGGAGAAGUCUGCUAAGAGCUGAGCUGCACUGCUGUCACACAGAACAAUCAGAAGAAGCCAGCUUUCAGCCUGGGACUGGGAUGGUGAAGUAACCAGCUGAUAUCACACAACUGACUGAGUGAGAGGCCUGGACCGUUGAUUUAUUUCUUGACUUUUUCAAAUUGAAAGAUGGUGGUCAACGUCUCUGCACUCAGCUGACCUCAGUCCCUACUGCAACUGGACACACAAGUAGCCAACAUCUACCUGAGCAUUACAUCUUUAUGGGAAUAGUGUUGUCAUACCUGUUUCAAAUACAUAUAAAUAGAACAGUAUCUCACAAAAUGUACAUGCAUAAGGUUUUACAGUUGACUAUUAAAUAUACUACAUGUAUAUGGUAUAUGGUCAUAAUAUAGCUCUAAAUUAUUCUCAAUGAAUACUUCAUAAACAACUCAGAUAUGUGUUUUGUAUACGUGUGAUGCUGGGGAAUUUCAUUUAUCAAGGGAUUAACUAAGCACUUUCUCUAUUUUUAUCACUCUCCUUAAUCACUAAACUGGAUUCUUAGAGUUUAGAGUCAUAUUUCUUAAAUCACUGAAAAUCAUGGAAUUUUAUGAUAUUUAACAUUCCAGUUAGUGUUCAUGUGACAUCCCUUUUGUAUACAUAUGAUGUGGUCUUGAGAUGAUGCAAUCUUCAUGCUUAUAUCAGCUGAUAACUGUACUGUAUUUAUUUGUUUGUUGUCAAGUUUGACACAAGGUACAAGGUGAAAUGACAUAUUUAAUUCCAGGGGGAAAUGUUUUUUAUUGUGGUCUCUUAUAUCCAACUUAAUUAUACAUGUACUGUAAUAAACUGUACUCAUUAAUUGUAUAUGUAUGUAUACAUAUAUAUUUUGGAUGUAUGCAACUUGAUUGUUCAUAAUAUUUGCAUCAUUGUAUUUAAUUAACCGUGUCCUUUUAUUCAACACAUUAAAAAACACAUGCAUUUA